AUGUCGAACGUUAAAAUUGAGGAUGUUUGUAACAUUUGUACGGAUUUACUGAUAGAAAAAGUUACCAACUUAAAAUCAAUUAAAAUUAAACGUAAAUUACCCGUCCGUAGUAAAAAAUCAGAUAACACUGAAUUGGAUUCUGAUAAAAAUAAUGUGAACCCAGACCCUAAUUCUGAAAUAAUAAAAAUAUUAAGUGAGCAUAGAAGUGCUGAGAAAAUCAGCUCAAAAUGUAAAUUAUGUGAGAUUUGUGAUCUCAGUGGUCAGAUUUUAAUUUUCAAAGACCUGGAGUUUAUUGAUUUUUUGGACUCAAAUGACCUUUUCGACGGAGACUUAACUGAUUUCAAUAUUCAUUACUUUUUCAAGCAUUUUAAAGUAGUUGAAACUUCACCCAGUGUCUCUCCCUUUUUAAACAAAUACAAUGUGUUAAACGGGUUAAAUCCGCUGGAUUUCAGGAAUAAAAUACUCAAGGGUUUAAACUAUUACGUGAUUUGUUUAUACUUGUUAAGUGAUAAAAACCAUACAAAGUUUCAGAAUGAAAUUGUGUUAAAGGCUGGAGGUGAUUUACAUCUUGAUUUUCCAGACUAUUUUCUUCAUUUUAACAGGCUAAGCUUGGUGGAAACCAGGUUAAAGCGCUUAGUUUUGGACAUAUUUCUAAGGGAGUUAAGUACUGUUGACCAGUCAAGUGUUUUGUUUAGGAAUUUUAAAAAAUUACAGGAAAACCAUCUCCUGUUUGCGCAGUUAAUUCAGAUUAAACCCUAUGUUCGGUUAACUAACGGUGAAUAUUACCUAACAAUUUCCAGGAAUAAAAUCUCAUUUAUCGGUUACUACAACAAGUUUCAACGUAACAUUUCUCAAACUGACUGGUACUUAGAUCGGUCCGACAUAAUGAGUGUUGAGAAAUGUAUUGGAUUACCGUUGAAGAAGAUAUUAAAUGCUCAGGAGUAUAAGCUGAUUGGUGCUGGAAGGGAGGAUGUAAAUGUGCGUAAUCUCGGAAAUGGUAGAAAAGCGGCUUUAGAACUUAAAAACUUAACUCUGGAUCCUUUUCUAUUACUCUACGCCAUUGACUUUUCAGAGGCUGAUUUUCCAAACAGGAAAGAUUCUAAUCCAACCGACCCAGUGACACUCUAUCACCACAAUAUGGAAAUUGACAAGGAUAAAAUAACACUCGCAGAUAAGAAACUAAUCAAGGAUUAUUUCACACGUUCACAUAAAGGGAAUCCGGACACAGCCAAGGAUAAUUCUGACACUCUUGAGGAUAAUGUUGAGGAUAAUUCUGACACAGUUGAGGAUAAUUCUGACACAGUUGAGGAUAAUUCUGACACAGUUGAGGAUAAUUCUGACACAGUUGAGGAUAAUUCUGACACAGUUGAGGAUAAUGUUGAGGAUAAUGUUGAGGAAGAUGUUAAGAAAGUUGUUAAGAAAGUUAAGGACAAUGCAGUGGUAACAUUUAAGAAUGUGAGGAUGUCGAUAAACUGUAGAAUAGAACGGCGGUUGUUGCAUUCUGAGAUUGAAACCCACUGCAAGAGUUACAGUUGUUUAAUUUUCUCCGAGGGUUCACUAACGUUUGAUAUGGUCAAAACUUUGAUCACUGGGCUCCAAUUUCCUUUACUAAUUAAGCAGAAGAAUCCACUCAGGAUCUCUCAUAGAAGAUCCCAAGACACAAGAGAGAGGCUGGUUUUGGACCUAAAACUAAACUUAAUUCACCCGAAACUGUUGUUAAUGUACAUUAAAACGACUGCAGGGCUUUAUAUUAAGGAAUUUGUAAACGGAGACUUGGGAAGGACAUUACCAAACCUCUCAAAAAUGCUAAACACUAAAUUAUACCCAGUUAGCCUAGACGUUCUGGACAUAACUUGA